AUGCUCAGCAGUGGGGUCGCGCAGAGUGUAAAGGAUUGGGGCCACGAUGAGGAUUCCUCGGGAAAACGACCAGUGGGGCAAGAUUCUUCACUUGAGGAGAGUCGUGAAGAAACAGAGUUGGACCGGGAGAAAGAUUUGAAUGACGGCCCACCACAUCAGCCGCCGGAUCGACCAGGUCAAGAUUCAACUGCGGAUACCUCGACCUCCUCGAAUGAACAAAAUAACACACUUCCCGAUAACAGUACCAUCUCACUCGAUCCUGAGUCCGAUUUAUCGAUAUCGAAUAUAUCGAUCCAUCCGAUCAAAUCCCGCACUCGAAGGUUGACUCCAGCGGCAGAAAAGUACAUGGCUACUUCGGAGUUAUACCAUGCAGCCUUUGGAGAAAGUUUGAACUGGGAAGAGGCAGUCGACACUGUUUCUGGAGAUACUACGGUUAACCCGCGAAAAAUUCGGCGUUUAAAGAUCCUCAAGCGUUGGAGGAACAUGCAUAGGAAUACAAGUAAACGGAGUCGCGUUGGUAUUCCAUCUGUGAGAGAUUUGGCCACAGCACUCUGGCAGGAAGAAAAAUCGAAUCAGUAUAUUUUUCGACUUUACAGGGAUGUUCCCUCUCCUGGUGUGUCCUACUUCUCGAAACGGACACGCGGUGAGCUUUUACGACGUUUUUCAAGACCCCCAGAACGCCGCUGGGUUGAUGCUCGCCGUUAUCUUGCGUUGGUGGAAGAUAUGAUCUCAUCUGGCCUCCCGAUGUCUCGUUCUCUAUGGACUUCUGCUAUUCACCUGGCUGGCCGUGCAGCCGGUAGAGUGAAGAAGCAUGACCUGAUAAGAGCGAUUGGAGUAUGGCAGCAAAUGGAGCAUGUGGCUGGCAUCAAAUCAGAUCAUGUUGCCUUCAACACAUUAUUCGACGUUUCUAUCAAAGCUGGUCAAUUUACUGUGGCGGAUCGGUUAGUAGCGGAAAUGAAAAAGCGUGGUCUUGGUUUUGACCGCUGUGGGAAGGUCACCAUGAUCUACUACCAUGGAUUGCGGCAAGACUUUGAGGGCAUUCGCCGUACUUACAACGAAUUUGUGGAUAGCGGGGAAUUCGUGGACACCAUGGUUCUCAACUGUCUGUUGGCCUCCUUCAUCCGAGCUGGGCAGGUGAAGACUGCAGAACUAUUGUAUCUUCGCAUGAUGCAAGCGCAGGCGACUACGCAGAAACAUCUCGUCGAUGGAAAAAACCAUCAUUCACCGACAUUAUCUUCGGAGUUCAACAUCUACCGCAAGAGAGCUCAGAAGUUGACUCGUCUCCUCAAGUUUUCUAUGCUCUUAAAAAUUAAGCUCCCCGAACAUUAUGAUGCGCUCCAGGACGCAUUACCCAUGACUCCAGAUACACGCACUUUCCACAUCUUCCUCAAAUUCCACGCCCACGAGUCGGGUGAUUUGCCAGGCUUCAUGUCAGUCCUGGCAGAUAUGGAGAACACAUUCGCAGUUCCCCCUCGCGGCAUGAUAUACCUGUUGCUUUUCGAAGGAUUUGCGCAACACGGGCGCCGAAGGAAGGCUUGGUCCGCUGAACGGUUGCAGGAGGCGUGGAGAGCUUUCCUUCGUGCUCUUCAUGAGUCCAAGCACAGAAUGGAAGAGCGCUUUCUUCCACAAACACGAAAUAUUGUCUGGGAGAACCCACUCGCAAGCACGGCUGCAGCUAUGGCAUUGAAGCCGAAGCGUCCAACGGAUGACGGACCAAGUGGGCUUUAUACAGCACUACCGUCAGCCACCCCAAGUACAAAUGUUGAGUCUGAAGAAGGCCACACCCAGAACUCGGGGCCGCAGAUGGAAGAGAAUCCAGAGGAAGAGGAAGACGACGAGCUUGAUACGACUAGCGACAGCUUUGAAGAUAUCGAGGUAGACGUGGAUGAGCUAUUCGGCAGUCCAACACGCGUCCAACCGGAGCCCCAACAAGAUGAACUGGAGGAGCUAGAGCGCCGGAUCGAAAACGGUGUAUUCCUCGGCCGUCGGAUGAACAUCGCGAUUCUCCGCGCCUUUGGUACCUGUUGCGGUCCUGAUGAAGUCAUGGACGUUUGGAUGAAGCUUGAACGUAUUUGGCAACCUGAGAAGCGCAAGAUGCAGGAUGUGAUUGUGGUGAGGGAAGAACUGGAGAGGCAAUUGAAUUGA